GGAGCCAUAAAAUAAACUAUAAUAUUGGGCAGUAUUAGUGUGUAUAUAUAUCUAUCUUUUACGUACUUCAAUGGCCACUGCUGCUACUUUAUCUUCACUCUUAUCUCGCUUUACUCUGAUUAAACCCCCAAUCAUUUCCCAAUCUUCAAGAAGAAUCCAGUCAAUUCUCCGCUAUUCCAAAUUAAAGAACCCAAACCGAUUACGAUUGUUUUCAAUGGCAUCAUCUGAACCCAAAGAAUCACCUGCUAACAAUCCAGGUCUCUACACUACUCCCGAUGAUGCUACUAAAGGCUACAUCAUGCAACAGACUAUGUAUCGAAUUAAGGAUCCAAAACAAAGUCUUGAUUUUUAUUCUCGUGUGCUGGGAAUGUCGUUGCUUAAGAGGUUGGAUUUUCCAGAGAUGAAGUUUAGCCUGUACUUUAUGGGCUAUGAGAAUACAGCAUCAGCUCCAACUGACCCUGUUGAAAGAACAGUUUGGACCUUUGGUCAGAAGGCAACAAUUGAACUGACUCAUAACUGGGGCACUGAAAGUGAUCCCGAUUUUAAAGGAUAUCACAAUGGAAAUUCAGAACCUCGUGGCUUUGGUCAUAUUGGUAUUACUGUGGAUGACGUGUACAAGGCAUGUGAGAGAUUUGAAAGUCUCGGAGUGGAGUUCGUAAAAAAACCUGAGGAUGGAAAAAUGAAAGGGAUAGCUUUCAUUAAGGAUCCUGAUGGCUAUUGGAUUGAAAUCUUUGAUCUCAAGACUAUUGGGAAAACUACUGGCAGUGCUGCUUGACAUAAUGUGACACAAAUAUAAGGGAAGUGGGGCAUUUAGAGAAUUCAGGACUGAUUCCUUCAUCUUUACUACAUGGAAAACUUGCUCCAUAUUUCCUUUUAUUGUGUGCGUCUUCUCAUGUUUGCCAAUGAAGGAUAUCCUAUAAACAGAAGAAUGCUGUGGUGUAGAUGUAGUUGUGAUAGAUGACCUAUGUUCUUGCUCAAUUAAUAAACGUCUCUUGUUCUUUGAGGGUUUGACAAUUUCAGAUGUUAAGUGCAUAUGUAAUUCAAUUAUGUUAUUAAAGAAUGACCACUUGGUAGAA